AGCGGACGUGCUUUCAUUGGCUCGACAUCACGGCAGCGCAACCUCUUCUUCUUACUGUCGGCCGGCGGCGGCGGCGCCUUGGGCGGAUACGGCUUCCUUGUCGGGUCCUUUUGCGGCGGCGGCGCCGAUGGCAGCGGCGGCGGCGGCUGCGUUUCAGCUUCGGCCACAGUUGAUAACCGCCGGGAGCAGCGCUUGCAGCGGUAGCUACCAUAACGGACACAAGAGUGCAGCGGGCUGGUCGGAGCCGCCACCUGAGGAACAGCGGAGGGGAGCGCUGUUAUCCCAGCAUGAGGUUAGCCUGCGUAAUUCGCUAUCAGACGCGUUGCGCCCGGACCCCUGCUUCACCCCACCGAGACGCCCCAGCAACAACCCAGCCGCAUCCCCCGCCGCCGCCGGGCCGGUAGCGGAGGGCGUCGUAGGUCGUGGAGGACUUCUACCUGACGAUGAGGACGUAACCGCGCUUUCAGGAACCUCAGCAGCGCUGGCGGCGACUUUGGAGUACGACGCAGCGGUGCUUUCCGGAGCUCCCGAUGGUACCGCAGCAGCAGCAGCAGCGGCGACAGCGACAGCAGAAGAUGUACGGCUUGGACGGUACGGCGGCGGCAACAGCGCCUCCGACGGUGUCGUCAUCGUACCCAAGCGGCGUCCGCCGCCGCUCGCGACGGUUGAGUUCCCUGACGUCAGCAGCGACCGCUCGUCUUCCACCCCUGACCGACUGUCGGCGGUAACAGGCGCAACGGCAGCGCCGCCGCCGCCGCUGACCCUCCACACUCUCAUUGCGCACGGCCUUCGCCGUUCGGAACCCUCCGUGACGUCAUCAUUGGAUCCCGCUGCGGCGGCGGCCGGAAGCAGCUUCAGCUCCGGAACCAGGGGGGAGUCCUUCACGGCCUACACCACCUUCCUUCCGACGCCGCCUCCGCCGCUGCCGCCACGGCCCCCGUUGGCGGCAGGACACAGCGCUCUGCCGCCGCCACAUCCGCGGCAGCCCUCGCCGCUACGACACAGCUCGUCAAACACGGAUACGGGUGCCGUGCAUCCGCAAGGACGCAUGUCUGCGGAUAACGCGUCAGCACCGCUGUCGUACAAUACCGCUGUCGCCGCCGCUGGCUCGUCCCUUCUGCCCUUCGCCCACGAACACCGCACGGUGUCCGCCAGUGGUCAUGCGGCGCCUCCCUCCUCCUCCUCAUCCUCCGCCGCCGUCGCAAAGCUCCCCACCUCCGCCAGCGGCGCCGCCGUCGUCGCGCACCGCAAACUCUCUGGCCCCUGCUCCUCCACCGGCACCGCCGCCGCAUCCGCAUCCGCAAGCCCCUCCAUCCGCUCUCCUCGCCCGCUCGCCCUCACGCCGCUUGCGCUUCCUACGGAUCGCGAACGCGACGAGUCCCUCGCAGCGGAGCGCGCGGCAGCGGAGGAGCGUCGGCGCAUCCGUGUGGAGGGGCCGGUGGGCGGUACCUACCGUACCCGGGUGUGCAGCAUCCGUAUCGGAACCUUUCGCUUCAAGGGCAGCCCGGAGGACCUUCCCAUGGCGCAUAUCGUGCUGGAGAACCUGGUGGGCAGGCGCUUUCCGGCGGAAGCCCCCAAGGGCAAGGGCGUCAAGGUAGCUGACUCCGCCGGGCUGCUUGAGGAGUGCGAUGUGCUGCUCCCCGACCUCGCCUCCCGCCUGCGGGAGCGCUUCCUCCUUGGUGCCCCCAGCCGACUCAACUCCCCGCCUGACGCAACCUCCGGCGGAGGCAACAGCGCCGGCGGCAGCAACGGCGGCGGCUUCGGCUCUCCCUCUCCCAACGGCCGCCAAC